AUGCCUUCGGUAAAGCGUACUAUCUCACUCUGCAACUUUGAAGCGCCCCCUGGGCCCCGGCGAUCUUGUCGUCUUACUCAGGAAGAAAUUCGUGGUACCAAUCCCCGACCUCUAAGCCCUAGAUCAUCACCAUCACCAUCACCAUCACCAUCACCAUCAUCACCACCAUCACCCGAUAAAUCAUGGCCAGCGCUAAAAGAACAAGCCAAGGAGCGCCUGAGAAACUACCACGAUGCCGGUCAAGGUCUACUAAAAACCUGCUUGCACUCCUGCCUGACAUGGUUUCCGAUCGACAGCCGCCAGGGCCUAGCAGAGAGCAUCAUUGAAGCGGCUACCGAUGAGUCCCUUGAUGUUCUCUACAAGGACCUCCUGGCGGGUCUCUUUAUACCGAUAAGCAUUUCAAGUGCAGCCCUGCCGGCGUCUCGGACCCCUCUUCCUCCUAUGCUGCAACUACUUAUGGACGGAGAUCCCGACCUCGUUCCCCUGGAGAAGGAUGCUUCCCAGGCACGGUAUGAGACUGUUCGGGAUACCAUACUGGAAAGAGAUGCUCAUGUUUGUGCGGUGACCGGAUGGGUGGAUACGGAAUAUCAUCGGAAGAUGGGACUCCCGACGGAGAUUCAUUCUCAAGUCGAGGUGGCUUUCAUCAUCCCGUUUAUGUAUGGGUCGUGCCGGCGCAAGAAUCUACCUCAGGAUUUCGCGAAUUGCUGGGACGUUUUAUAUCGGUGUUUCCCGGAAGUACGACGGAUAGGUCUUUCAGCCGAGGGAGUUGACUCACCGGAGAAUGGCUUUGCUCUCAUAUCAUGCCUUCGCGACGCCUUCAAGAGGUUCGCGAUGGCUUUCAAGCCCACGUCCGUCAAGGACCAAUACGAGCUGAUCAUGUACCAGAACAUUCGGCACGAUGAGAAGCUCUUCAUCGGCAAAACUCGAACGGUUAAUUUUCGACGAGCGAAGGGUUGUCAUGCGGUACCGUUACCCGAUCCAGCCCUGUUCGAUUGCCACUAUCGUAUCGCGGAAAUUGUGCAUGCGAGCAGUCUCGCAAAUGUCAUCGACGGGCACAAUUAUGAGUAG